UUCCACGGUACGCCUGCAAAUGGAUAAUGUAACCGUUUAGCUCUCUUUCUCUCUCUCUCUCUCCCUCUCCCUCUCCACUUCCCAUAAAUCUUCCGGCAUGAGCUUAGCUUCAGUUUCAUCGACGUCGCCAGUGGCUCCGCCGUGUUUCCGCUGCCGAGCUUACAUCUUCUCCUUCUCUCCCUCACCUCUCUGUUUAUAUUUCCCGCGCGGUCGCGGCGACUCAGCUUCCCUCACGCUCAGGCCCAAAAUUCGUGCGUUGCGAACGGAAUCGGACGGCGCUAGGAUCGGUAACACGGAGUCGUACGGCUCGGACUUGCUUCGUCGGCCGCGAAUUUCGUCUGAGGAAGAGGAAUCCUCCGGAGAAGAAGAUGAGAGCGGCGAGGGUGAUGAGUUUGUGGAUUGGGAAGAUAAAAUCCUCGAGGUUACUGUUCCUCUUGUUGGUUUCGUCAGGAUGAUUCUUCACUCUGGAAAAUAUGCAAACCGAGAUAGGCUAAGCCCCGAGCACGAGAGAACAAUCAUUGAGAUGCUGCUUCCUUAUCACCCUGAAGUUGAGAAGAAGAUCGGAUGUGGAAUAGACUAUAUCAUGGUUGGGCAUCACCCAGAAUUUGAGAGCUCUCGAUGUAUGUUUAUAGUUCGAAAAGAUGGAGAAGUAGUCGACUUUUCGUAUUGGAAAUGCAUAAAAGGUCUAAUAAAAAAGAAGUAUCCUCUGUAUGCAGACAGUUUCAUCCUCAGACAUUUUCGCAAACGUAGGCAGAACAGGUGAAGAAGGAGCUUAUGUAGAUUCUCAAACUCAAACGCUCGUUGGACUUGGAUCCUUCUUGUCUCCCAAACUACAUCCGACAAAGGUUUUGAAGUUAGAACUCAGACACAGAAGAUCCCAUUCACUUUUUUUCUUCAUUUGAGUUGGAAUUAUGAAUGGAACUUUCUAGAAGAUACGGUUUUCGAAGGAGAUGAGGAGUUUACAAUCCUUAGCAUUUUAUGUGAUAAUGAAACUUUUACAUUGAGCUUAUGUGUAGAGGUAGAAAAACUGUACACACUUGUAUCACAAUAUUCAGAUGGAGCUUUCUUCUUUUAAAUGUU